AUGAUUUGUCAAGAUGACAUAUCAAUAUUCCUUGGUGAUCUAAUUGCCACUGAAGUUCUAAAUGAAUUCCGUAAAAUGACUGCAAAAGGUAAGCCUGCAACCCGAUCUAAUGGGGUCAACGAAUGGACGGUGUUGGCGAGCGUUGUUGCGGUGAUUAAUGGUAAAACCCUUUCGGAAACCCCCGAAAUCAGAGUGCUCACUCUUGCUACUGGGGUAAAAUCUCUUCCGGUUGAGUUUAUUGAUAGGAAUUCUGCAAAAGGACGGUUGGUGCACGAUUCACACGCCGAGAUUUUGGCGCUUCGAAUGUUUAAUUAUUAUUUGAUCAAUGAGAUCCUUCGAUUGGAAGGGAAACAUCCUAAAAUGCCACUGAAUAAUAUAAAACACGAAUCAAUUUUGAUGAAGCAACAAAGGGAGCCAGGAUUUAUGUAUAAGAUUAAAGAUGAUGUGGAGUUGGCAUUAUAUAUUUCUGAAUUGCCUUGUGGAGAUGCAAGUUUGAAAGUUUCACUAGCAGAUGAUAAUGGCAACGAUGUUGAAGCGUGGCAAACUCCUGUGAAAAGAUUGAAAACCGGUAAAGACAAUAAUGGAAUAAUUAGAGGAAGAAAUCAUUAUUCAGAAGAGGGUCUGGUGCGUACCAAGCCAGGUCGACCUGAUUCUCCGGUAUCAUUGUCAAAGUCUUGUUCAGAUAAGUUGACAUUGAAACAAUAUAUAGGUAUUCUUAACUGUGUCACGUCUCUACUAAUUAGCCCGAAGAAUUCAUUUUUACGAUGGUUAGUGAUUCCCAAACCUCGGCUACAACCUAGUAAUUGUGAGGAUAUAAUUAGGUGUUUCAAGACUAGGCUUCAAACUGAUCCCAACUUGCAGAGCGAUGGUGGUGCCUAUUUGCUAAGACAUUAUGAGAUCCUUCCGACAGAGAAAAAAUUCCAAUAUUCUAAGCAUGAUGCUGACCAGGUGCCGUCUAUGAAUGCGAUUGUAUAUUUGGCGGAUUAUCAAAAGUUUCCAAACACCAAUAUGAUCAAAGGUGGUAAAAACCCCAUUGUCGUGCACGAAGUCAUCAACAGUGGAGUCAAACUAGGCUGUAAAUCAAAGAAAGAAAAGAAUUGUGUAAGUUCUGCAAGCUCUUCGGUAAUAUCCCGAAGAAAACUAACGGAGCUUGCGAUUCCAAUUAUACCAAAUGUCCUGGAAAAAUUGGAUUAUGCAUUCAUAAAACAGUCAAAUAAAGAAAGAGAAGCAGCAAAGACACUAUGUCAAAAUCAGCUUGGUGGCUGGGUCAAGAACACUACAGACAAUUUCCCAUCGGAAAUUAAAAAAUUAAUAGAUUAUUUCUAG